AUGUCAGGAUCCACAUCUUGUUGGGCGGCGUUCUGCCCUGCAAAACCAGGGACCGGCGAGACAUCGCGCAUCGCGGGCAUUGACCGAACUAAACUGGAUGAAGCAAGACAGAUUCCCAAGCAUCCGGCACGAUAUCACCAGCCUCGGGAACGCCGUAUCACGAGUAAACUCAAGGAGGAAAAAAUGUUCAGACUGGCUCUAGAACUUCAAAGUAUUGAGAAUAGGGAAAAGGCAAGUGAUCUCAGCUUUGAGAUAAAGCCUGCGAAAGACGACGUGGGACCAAAUUGCGUGACGGGACUCCCUCACAUGAUCGGGAAGCAAUGCAAGCCAUCAUCCGCAUCGCCAGAGAAUGAAGAAGAGGACAAGGUUCAAGUCCUGUUCAAGGAGUUGAUGGUCAGAACCACCAAUCGGGAAACAUCCAUGCUUGUACAUGGAGCUAUUGCACAGAACGAUAAGAGCUAUGCCUUUGUCUUUGCUGAAGUUCUACCUCAACCAGGCAUGAUGACAGCCGGCGAUGCCAGAACUUCCAUUGCCCAGAACCCAGCGAUCGUCAUAGGAGCUACAUCGAGCAUCAAUUCGCACAAAACCUUCCAGCGCCGAGGCGAUCUUGAACAUCCGCCCAACAUGCGCGAGUUCAUGAGCUAUGUGCAGAGCGCGUUCUACGACGCCACCGGCUGGAACCGCGACAACUCGUACUCGACGCUCAACGCAACUGCAGAUGCACUACUCAACUUCCCAACACCGCAGGGCCUACGCCUCACACUCUCCUCUCUCGCGACCCCUCACUUUGCGACAUCAUACCAGCUCGGCUCCGUAGGCGUAGUCGACGGCUCCAUCUCCUACCUUUACUCCUCCGUGCCCCUCCGCGCGCACCUCACCCCGCAAUCCGAUGCCGUACCAUUGCCGGCACUGCUGCGCUCGUACCGACCUCUCGCCGACCUCCCGCCUCGAACCUCGAAGCCUUACCCCCUCCUUAGUCCGGCUGCGGCCUCCCUGCUCUACGGCCGCUUGUACCUCCCUGAGUCCAUGCUCGAAGCUCUCGUCGUGAAGAGGAUAUCCCCCGCGCUGCAACUCCAGCUCAGCGCCGUCUCAGGAAAGUUUCUCCGCAACAGAGGCACUGUCCUGGGACUGGCUCAGUAUGAUGUCGGCAGAUACGCUAUCGAAGGCCUAGGUUCGUCCGACGGCGGCCUGCUGGGCUUCAGAGGCGCGUACAACUUUGGUGGUGAUACAGAAGAUAUCCAAGCUCUACGAUCGGGCGGCAAGCUGGGCGGACACACGGACGAAGCGAAGGAACGAAUCUACGGACGCUUCAGCGCCGGCGGGGAGAUCUACUACGGCCUACUUAACAAGUCGGGCGGCGUCAGUUUCGGCGGGCGCUUUGCGACGCUCCCGGAGCACCGCGGCACCCCGCUGACGGCGACAAUGACGAUCAACCCCCUGAUGGGCAACAUAAGCGCCAGCUACGCUGUAGUAGCAGGCAAGCACUGCAGUCUCGCGACGAGGAUGGACUUCAACGUGUACAGCUACGAGAGCGACUGGUCCGUGGGCAUGGAGCUGUGGCGCAAGAACCUGACCCGCAACCUCGAGCCCGCGCUCUCGGCCGAGAGCUUUGUCAAAAAGGACCGCAGUUUCCAGGCAAAGCUAGAGUGGAGGCUGGACGACGAGCUGCCCGAGGCACCCAAGCUGCAGCCGAGGCUUGUUGUGGAAGAGCCAGAGCAUGAACGGAAGAAUCAGCCGAGAGAACGCAGCUUUCAGGCGAAGAUGGAGUGGAGAUUGGACGAUCCUGCGGUGGAUAGGACGAAAGAGGCGGCGGCGGCGGAUGCCGGCACGGCGGCAGAGACCAAGGGCGCGGAUGAAUACGGCAGCGUCAUCAAGGCGCGGCUGGACCAGAACAUGAAGAUUGGGGUCCUGUGGGAGGGGAGGGUCAAGUCCCUCCUGUUCAGUCUCGGCAGCGCAAUCGACCUGCGCAAGCUCGACUCGCCGUUCCGCACGAUUACAGCGUACCCACCGGUAAUCUUCCCUGAUGCGACGUUCUUCCCGACAUCUCGGUCGCAGAAACAGGCAGUUGGCGCGUGGCAGAAGUUCCCGGCAUCCUGGCACGGUUGGACUCGACAGAUCCCGGCUUCGUGGCUACGGGAGGAGAAUGCGACGUUGCCUCUGAUACUUGUUCUCUCGGAAAUGUUAGCCGAGAGGAGAAAGCAGAACUCAGAAGUGGCUCUGGGUCUCGAAGUCUCUGGUGACUUCCCCAAGCUUUCUUGGCAGUGGAUGAAAGCCACCCGCAUUCAAAAGGGCUACCGCGCGUACAGUUAUCAGUACGGAGUACCACUCUUGAAGAUAUUGGAGGAGAGCUGA